AUGGUGAUCCACCUCCAAACUGCUUACACAAAACGAGAGGUUUUAUCUCAGAUAGCCAAACUGUUCGACCCAGCAGGAUGGCUAUCACCUUUCGUAGUCCGAGCCAAGAUUUUUAUGCAGAAAAUUUGGCUACGGGAGCUGGGCUGGGAUCAGCCACUCCCCAGGGAUCUCGCGACCCAGUGGCGGGAGUUCCUAGAAGGGUAUCCAGCCCUGAAGGAGAUUCGUAUUCCGAGAUGGGUACGUUUCCAUCCAGCUGCGAAACUUCAGUACCAUGCGUUUUGCGACGCGUCACAGGACGCCUAUGGGGCUGCUAUUUUCGUCCGAAUCGAAACGAAGGAAGGCUGUUGUACCCAUCUACUUACAUCCAAAACCCGAGUCACUCCUGUCAGAUCCAUCUCCAUACAACGCUUGGAAUUGUGCGGAGCGGUGCUGCUCACGGAGCUGGCAGCUCUAGUAAUGUCUGAAAUGCCUCCUCAUGUUUAUGAGACCUUUUACUGGACCGACUUCACGAUCGUUCUUGCAUGGCUGAGUAAGCCAGCGUGCACCUGGACAACAUUCGUUGCCAACAGGGUCGCAAAAAUCGAACAGUGUACCGACGGAAGCAAGUGGGGACAUGUACGAUCCGAAGACAAUCCAGUUGAUCUGGCAAGCCGGGGCGUCUCACCCCAAGAGCUGAAGGACAGCGCACUGUGGUGGCGUGGGCCAGCUUGGUUGCACCUCAAACAGGAGCAGUGGCCGAGUGAGUUGUUGGUCCAUCCGGAGACUGAGCUUGAGCAGCGCCCCGUCAAAUGUCACACGGUCGCAGUGCCCUCAGCAGUUGAAAUCCUAGAGAGGUUCUCAGCCUUUGACCGAGCUCUGCGAGUUCUUGCUUAUGUGUUUCGUUUUGUGAAAAGUUGCCGGAGGGAAGGUGUAGCCUCAUCGGCAGAACUCACUGCGGCGGAGUUGUCGGAGGUGCAGGAGCGGUUAAUUGUGCUCACUCAGAAGAAUGAGUUUCCCGCCGAAUAUAAGGUUUUGAGCAACAAGCAACCAGUUCCACCCGCAAGCGCAAUUUCUAACCUAAACCCCUUUCUUGACGGGAAUGGUGUCUUGAGAGCAAGCGGCAGGUUACAAGCAUCUGAAAUGCUUAGUUAUGAUGAAAAACAUCCGAUCAUCCUUCCUGCACGGUGUAGGUUCGCCGAACUUCAAGUCUUGUUUAUCCAUCGCAUAUCCUUGCAUGGGGGGAAUCAAUUAAUGAUCCGACGGAUCCGUUCCAAAUUCUGGAUUCCCAAGCUUAAAAUGUUGGUGAAACGAACAAUACAUUCGUGCCGAGUGUGUGUCAUUCACAAGAAGAGACUGCAGACGCAGUUGAUGGGGAAUUUGCCCCGUGCGAGGUCCACGUUUUCCAGACCGUUCACCCAUACGGGAGUGGACUUCGCAGGACCAUUUGACGUCAAGAGUUAUGUCGGUAGAGCCUGCAAAAUCACAAAGGGGUACGUGUGCGUUUUUGUGUGUUUUACUACCCGGGCUAUCCACCUCGAAGCGACCUCGGACUUGACUACAGAGAAGUUCCUGGCCGCAUUCUCCCGUUUUUUCGCUCGGCGUGGGUGUCCACAACACGUCUACUCUGACAACGGGAAAACGUUUGUCGGAGCUUCCACGUCCUUAUCAAAGGAUUUCAUUGAAGCUACCAGAACAUCGGUUUUAUCGCAGCACAGUCUUCAGAAUGUGUCCUGGCAUUUCAACCCUCCUGGCGCACCUCAUAUGGGAGGGCUUUGGGAGGCAGGUGUGAAGAGCUUCAAGUCGCAUUUUUACAAGUACACAGCCGCUGGGAAAUACACGUUCGAGGAACUGACUACCCUCCUGGCGAAGAUUGAGGCCUGUUUGAACUCCAGGCCCAUCUCGCCAAUGUCCGAAGAUCCCACGGACCUUAUCGCUCUGAGCCCUGGGCAUUUUCUAAUCGGUGGACCAUUACUUGCGGUAGCAGAACCUGAGGUUAAAGAAGGUCCCAGCUCCAUUAUCAAUCGGUGGCGGAGGUUGAAAGCCCUGAAUCAGCAGUUCUGCCUGCGUUGGAAGGAGGAAUACCUAAAGGAACUCCACAAAAGGAAUAAAUGGAAGUUCCCAACGCGAGAUCUCCAGGCGGGAGACAUGGUGGUGAUCAAAGAGGAGAACUUGCCAUCCAACGAGUGGCGACUUGGGCGUAUCCAAGUGGUCUGUCCCGGCGUGGACGGCAACGUCAGAGUGGCAGACGCUCUCACAGCACGGGGGGUCGUCCGAAGAUCAGUAGCAAAAAUGAUCCGCCUUCCAAUGGACAGCCCGAAUGAGUCGAAUGACUCCUCCAUACUUUAA